AUGCUAGAAGCAAAACUAGUUAUCCUCAAGCCCCUGGAAUUGGGCAGGGCUGCAGAAAGUGGUAAGAAGUGCGGACAGAAUAUAACCGGUGGCCAAAAAAGUUGGAAGGUUUUGAAGUUGGCGCACAUCACAGCGGAUGGCCGCCUCACCCUGCAAAUCUGGACGAAAGACAAGCACAACAAAGCGGGGCGGGUGCGUCCUGAGGGAAGAGAACCCGCAUAUCCAGACAAGGGGAUUGGUGCACGUUGUUUGCUUCGCAGACAUCAUGCGGGUGGUUUAUUUGUUGGUUGCAUAUUGUGGUGUGAUAGCGCCAGGGUUGUUGCAGCAGCCCGCGAAGACAAGUCACCACCGACGUCUCGACGUGGCACCCUCGCUGUCCAGGACUUGCCCGCUGCGAGACCUUCCCAGCCAGUCGAUUCGCGCCAAGGGAACCUUGGAAAAACAGCGGUGAAAGAGUGGCUUUUGAGGGAUAUUUCAUUUGCUUUUGAAACGGAUGCUAGCCGUGAGGUCCUCACCCAAGCGGCUUUCUGUAUGGAAGAGACGGGAUCGGCCACUUGUGGUGGUGUCGGAUGGACGGAAUGGACGAAAGCCGUCCCUGGGGCUGCAUCCUAG